AUGAACGGCAACAACGGGCAGAUGAGCCCGCCAGCAGUGCCAUUUGGUGGUAGGCCAAGGCUGCCGAGCAAUCAGAGUAAUCGGUAUAGUCUGAAUGGCACACCCCCAGCAAACGGUGGACCCUACCGACCACCACCACCGCCACCACCAUCAGCAGCAACCUCACCACUCGCACCACGAGUCAUUUCGGUCUCGGACGGCUCCUGGGUGCAUCAGAAAGUCCUGCUCGUUCACGGCGAGUGCGCCGACACGGCACGACCUAUCGAUGGCAGUCUCACUGUCUGCCAUCAUCAAGAGACCUUCCCACCCACCCAAUGGCCCGUCUGCGACUCAUAUUUUAAAGCAUUGAUCUACCUCCAGCCAGGACCCAACCGCAUUCGGUUAGAUUUCACUUCGCCUAAACUGUCUUCACCAGACGGCCAGAUGGUCGUACACACUUCCUGGAUCAGCAUCAACUACCUGCCGUUGAUCUCCGCGCCUCCCCUGCAACUGUGUAUACUAGUCGCGAAAGAUUCGCCAGAAACGUUCGAUGCUACGCCGGAAAGAGUGCAAAAGGAAGGCAAUGGCUUAGACGUCGCAAUACGGAAGUUCAGGAUGGCGGCGUACUUAUGGCAGGCAUUCACCGCAGAACAGAUGAACCGCAAUGGCUUUGGUAGGAGAUGCUAUCGAUAUGAAGAAGAAUGGCAGCCAGGAACGCUGAGUGUGCGAGAUGCGGAGACGGGCCAGAUGCGGAACGAGGCGAAGAUUCACAUCAUCCGGAUGGAUAAGACUGUGGCGGAGAUACGGGAUCUGAAUAUCGCGCAGCAGUACGAGCCGGCCACGAACAAGGGUGACUUAUUCAACAUCGCCUCGGACGCAGUAAGAGCGCGGUUUGCCCCUCGGUCGGGCCAGCCACAGUACGUCUCCUGCAUGUUCCUCGAUGCGCAUUGGGAUAAGGAUGUUGGCACGGUACGAGGCCAUGCGGCGCUCGGUGGUGGCGGUGACGACAUGAAGCUCGCCAUCUUCGGCUCCCACUGCCUCCAAUCCUACCCUUCACACAUCGAAGAAGUCGUCCCCUCAUUCACCGACUGCACGCGCACAAACACCGAUUACGUCGCCAACGACUGCGGCGAAUCGGGCAGUAGCUGGGAAGCAGCCAACAUCGGCAUCGGCGCCCAUCUCCACGAAACGGGCCAUCUCCUCGGCUGUCCGCACCAAGAAUCCGGCAUUAUGUUGCGCGACUACGUGACGCUCAACCGCUCUUUCAUAACCCGCGAAGCCUACUCCACCCGAACCCAACAGCAAGGCCAACGCCUCUGCCUCCCCAAAGACGAAUGCGCCUGGCACCGCCUCGACACUCUCCGCUUCCGCUUCCACCCGUGCUUCCAACUCCCCACCGACCCCGCGCAGCCCGCGGAUAAUAGCGUGCAACUUUGGACCGUCGAUAGCGGGACCGUCCUUGCCACUUCCGCGACAGGAGUGGCCUGGAUCGAAAUCUUCCCCGAAGACGACCUCUGCCGGCAUUGGCUCGAAUUCCUGGAUAACUCCCCCAGCGGCGCGCCGCGACAGGUGACACUCACCGAACAAAUGCUACGCGAACGACUCCCCGACGAUCGAAGGAAAAAGAACCUCAAGCUCAAAAUCUUCUCCUGCGGCGGGGGUGAGCUGGAAGUGGAAGAUUUCUCCAAACUCGCGUCGAGCAAGGACUCGCGCCUCAAACUCCCCGACUCCCGCCCCGCCUUCCGCAGCAGCAAACUCGGCUUCUCGCAGAUGGAGAACUCGACCCCAACGGAAAUCAUCCUCGGUUCCUGCCAAAAGCCGGCGAGGUUGUUACGGAAUAUCCGCGUGUACCACGGCAAUUGCAUGGACGGACUCGAGUUUUUUUAUGAUGACGGCGGGAGCGAGUUAUUUGGGAAACGGGGCGGGGCGGAGGGGGGGAGCGAUUUCCCGCUUGACAAACGACGGGGGGAGAUGGUGUUGGGGUUUUAUGUGCGGGCCGGGUUGUGGAUCGAUGGGUUGCAGAUUUUGACGACGACAGGGCGGAGGAGUGUCGUUUAUGGGAAUGCGACGGGGGGGAGUGGGUGA